UACGGCAGCGUGGCUCGAUUGUGUUUCCGCUUUCUGUCCUUCACAGGGUCUGUAGCUUUGCUUCAGGUAGCAACUUAAACCUUUACAACAUCGCAGACAUGCCGAAACUGAGCAAAGAGACGAAGCAGAGGCUGCAGCAGGUCUUCCAGUGCGGGCAGUUCUUUAUUCGGUGGGGUUUUAUCCCCACUGUUCUUUACCUAGGGUUCAAGCGCGGAGCAGAUCCCGGGAUGCCAGAACCCACAGUGCUAAGUUUGCUUUGGGGAUGAAGGAGUGAUGAAGAAGCGCUCCUGCAGAAGACCAAACCGUCGCUACAUCCCAUAAUAAACAGCCAGGGUGUUUAUUCGUCAUCUCGGAAGGGACUCUAUUGCCUUGCACGUGUCCUUGAAAAGUUUCAGCACUGUUUCAGUUUUCCUUCUUCUCCAUCUCGCUGUUUGGGAUCUUCGUGUUUUUAAUGUGUCUGGAUAUAUUUAAUGUGAUUUAGAGUGUUUUUUUUUUUUUUGUCAUAUCAAAGUUAUUCCCUACAUUCAAUUUUUGCUCAAACGAAUGUUUACACCAACAUCAGCUAAUAAAUGACGAAAUGGCAGAUA